AUGAAGCCAGCAGAAGAGACAGAAAGAAAGAGCAACGCAAUAGAAGAGGCAUACAGCAGGAUAAGCAAGCUCCAAGAACAGCUCCCUCUCUAUUUAAACGAAGAGUCCGAGAUAAUAGGCGCUGAUCCGCAGGAGCUCCACAUUUCUCUUCCACCAUCAACAAAAGAAAGAGGAUGCAUAAACUCGCCGUUUCCAAAGAAAAAGACAAAAGACCCAAAAUACGAGGAAGCAAAGGAAGAGCCCGAAGAGUGGGAUACAAAACAAGAGUGUGCUGGAAGAUUCGACGAGCAGGGCAACUUUAUCUUGGAGGAGGCAAAUCCCCAGGAAGAGUUCUCAACCGGCGAAGACUGGGUAACCGUGGAUCUGAAAACAAAAAAGAAGAAGCAGAAAGAAAAAGACGAGCAGCUGACAUACACGGCCGUUCAGACACUAGAGCAAAAGAAAACAGCAAAGCUGCCCAAAAAGAACGCGCCAAAAUCAAAAGAAGAAAGCGACACUGAUAGCGACGGGUUCAAAGUGGUGCAUGAUAAAAAGUCCAAAAAAAGCAAAAAACCAACAAAAUAA